AUGACGCGCUCAAAGACAUUACAAAGUGGUGAAGGAACACAGAGGGGAGUUGACGAGAGGUCGCCUUUGUUGUCGAGUACUCGACGGGGGUCGAGUUCGUCAGGUGAGAGCUCUUUGACUUCCUCGUCGUCUAGCGCAGACUCGGACGGCCAAUACCUUCCAUGGCAUCUCACACGGCCAUCAGAAGUCGUCGAUUCGAGCGUCGAUGUCGAACAAGUAGCACCCGUUGCAACCGCCGGCGAUGAUGCAAAGCUACAAGCCAGAAAGACCUCGACUUGGGCAGUUGUCAAGAUCGUGUCUAUCCUGCUGGUUGGAACUUUUACUGCGAACGCCGAUGGCUCUUUGGUGAUGGCAACGCACCCAACGAUUGCCUCUGAAUUCGAUGAUCUCGAAAACUCCAGUUGGCUCUUCGUCUCUUUCGCGUUGGCAGGAGCGGCAACUCAGACUUUGUAUGGCAAGCUCAGUGACAUUUACGGGCGGCGUGCCCUCCUCAUGGUGGCUUAUACCUUGUUUUCCGUUGGAUGCGCAAUGGUCGGCGUCGGUCGCACAAUGUGGCAAGUCGUGCUUGGACGGGUCAUUUCAGGAUCUGGUGGCUCAGCAUUGAACGUCCUCGGGCUGCUCUUGGUGACAGAUCUCGUCCCACUCCGUGACGUGGCUGCGUGGCAAGCAGGUAUCAACCUGGCCGCAACAGUAGGACGAAGUCUUGGUGGACCUGUGGGAGGUUGGCUAGCCGAUACCAUUGGAUGGCGAUGGUCUUUCCUCGGCCAGGCACCCAUUUUCCUACUUGCUGUCUUGCUGUGUUGGUUUUUCCUGCCAAAAGGCAAGCAAGUGGGCAAGAGUGAUGAAGGUGUUGAAGCAAGCGGCAAGCCCAUCAACGGCAAAAAGGGCUCUCUAGCGAGGAUCGACUUUCUUGGCGCUGCUUUAUUGGCACUCUUCAUCCUGACCUUUCUCCUCCCGAUUGAGAUUGGAGGUACCAAGAUACCUUGGAGCCACCCGCUCAUCUUCGUUCUCUUUGGCGUAGCUGUCGUGUUUGGUGGACUCUUUGCCGCCGUUGAGGAGUGGUGGGCUAAAGAGCCAAUCUUUCCCCUGGAACUGUUGAAGCAUCGCGACAUUAUCUUGACGUACGUCAUUAGCGGUGGGCAAGUCGCAGCUCAACUCGGCCUUAUGUUCUCCGUCCCGCUCUAUUUCCAGGUGACACAGCGUGUCUCUAACACUGUUGCUGGAAUACAUCUCUUCCCCGCCGUCUUUGGGAAUGCCAUCGGUGGCGUCCUUGCUGGAUAUCUGAUCAGAAAAACUGGUCGUUACAAAUCUCUAUUGAUAAUUGCGACUAUCGCAUCGAUGUUCUCCUACUCGCUUUUGCUGCUUCGGUGGCAUGGAGAUACAAAUGCUUGGGAGUCGCUUUACAUCGUACCUGGUGGGUUUGGGGCUGGCCUGGUACAGUCGGCGGGUUUCAUCAGCAUUCAAGCCGCAGCCAACCCCAAGCACAAGGCCGCAGUGACGUCGGGAAUGUUUUUGACAUUCCAAAUCGGCAUGAUCCUCGGCCUGUCAUGUGUUAGUGCCGUCAUGAUGGAAACGAUGAGAUGGCGGCUAGACGCAUUGCUGGAAGGCAUGGAUCUCAGCGCAGUUGUGCGAAAGCAGAUUAUCGCAAAAGCGACAUCGAGUGUUGACUACAUCGAUCAUGCGGAUGAAAAGGUUUCAGCAGCCAUCGUGCAGGCGUACGUCGAAGGUUUGGGAUUUAGCCACGGUUUCUCACUCAUCUCAUCAGCGCUGGCACUAAUCGCGGCUAUUUUCGUAAGAGAGCAUAAGUUGUGA